GUUUGGCUGGCCUACAAACUCAAGUCUCAACGCAGAGCUGUCGGUGGUUAUAUGUGUGAGUGCGGCUCAAUAAAUCAUAUUAGAUAUUCUAAAAUCUUUGUCACACUCACAUCAGUCUGCAGUGCAAUCACAAACAAACGGCCGGCGUUUGCGUCUCGACACUCUACUAAUUUGAAAUUUCGCGAUCGCGAACAGUAAGCCAGUGGUAACUGUCAAAACUUUACCUAAUGGGGAACGUUUGGAUUUCUAUAAAAAUGAAUAUUCUUAAGCCUUUUCUUUAGUUAUAGUAAUGUAUGUCUGUUCGAACCAGUACAUUGACUCUUUACAUUAUUCCUUGACAAGUUGGCGUAAAGAAUUUAGACACCAUGGUGCAGUGUCAUCCACCACUGGAACUAGAGAAUUUGCCAAAAGAAGACGAAGAAAGAUUAGAAAAACUGUUUUCCAAACUAGAUGCUGAUGGAAAUGGCAAAAUUGACAUUCACGACCUGUCUGUGGCUCUAAAAGAGCUGGCACCACACAUCAAUCAAAGUUAUGCAGAGAAAUUUUUGGCAAAAACAGCCAAGGAUGCUGGUGAUGUAACUCUGUCUGAAUUCAUACAUUAUGUUCGGGAGCAUGAAAAGAAUCUUAGACUCCAGUUCUCUCACCUUGAUAAAAAUAAAGAUGGAAAAGUGGAUCUGGAAGAACUUAUAUCAGCAUUUGCAGAUUUGGGCAUAGCAAUAGGAAGAAAUGAAGCUACAAAUUUAUUAAAACGAAGAGCUGUUUGGUCAAAGUAUUGGUGGAUGGAUCAAGAUGGUAGUCUCAAUAUCAGUUAUGAUGAAUGGCGAGAUUAUCUCUUGUUGGCUCCGGGGACCGAUAUCCACGCUCUCAUCAGCUUCUGGAGGCACUCUACUUAUCUGGACAUCGGGGAGGAUAUGAAUGUACCUGAUGACUUCACACAGAGUGAGUUGCAGACCGGCAAAUGGUGGAGGCAUCUGUUGGCAGGUGGCAUCGCCGGCGCAGUCAGUCGUACAUGUACAGCGCCGCUUGAUAGACUUAAAGUAUUUUUACAGGUGAAUCCUACACGGGAAAAUAUGUCGAAAUGUUUAGCUAAAAUGAUAAACGAGGGAGGUAUAAAAGGUUUAUGGCGAGGGAACGGAAUUAAUGUUAUAAAAAUUGCCCCCGAAUCGGCUCUGAAAUUUGCCGCCUAUGAACAAGUGAAGCGCUUAAUAAAAGGCGAGAAAAGCAAACAACCGCUUGAAAUACACGAACGUUUUGUAGCCGGUGCUACGGCGGGUGCAAUUAGCCAAACUGUGAUCUACCCACUAGAGGUGCUAAAGACAAGAUUAGCUUUAAGGAAAACGGGUCAGUACUAUGGAAUUAUGGAUGCAGCGCGAAAAAUUUAUGCCAGAGAGGGCCUGAAGUGUUUCUACAAGGGAUACAUUCCAAAUAUCCUAGGGAUAGUGCCUUACGCGGGCAUCGAUCUUGCGGUUUACGAAACUCUAAAGAAGAAAUACAUUAGCAAAUACCAAACGAAUAAUGAGCAGCCUGGGAUACUGUUACUAUUAGCGUGCGGCAGUACUUCGUGCACGCUGGGACAAGUCUGUUCGUAUCCACUGGCGUUAGUCAGGACUCGCUUACAAGCGCAAGAGAAGGCCGCAAAGGUUGCAGAAGGGACAAUGCGCGGGGUACUGAAGGAUAUAGUUCAGCGGGAAGGGUUUCGUGGGUUGUAUCGUGGUAUAACCCCGAACUUUAUCAAGGUCAUACCCGCCGUGUCUAUAUCAUACGUCGUAUAUGAGUAUGCGAGUCGCUCUUUAGGUGUCAAUAUGACGUGAUUCUAUUGCUCUUCUAGCUUUGCAUUCGUUUUGUUUUGGACAAAGUCCGUUUGCUUCUUGGUUCUAUUGACUGCUAAACCGAUCAUUCUUAUAUGCUAGCUAUAUAAUAAUGUAUGACGUUGUAAAUAGUUUUGUUAAGAUUAUUUAUUGUACUGUGAGUUAAAUUAUUCCAUUAUUCCAAUAUUUCGCAUGGCAAUUUUAUUUGAAAUGUGUCAGUAUGAUAAUUGAAUCAUAAAAUUGGAAGCCUGCUCUGGUUAACAUCUGUGAUGAAAUAAAUAAUCUAGUUUUUUUUUAU